AUGUAUUGCAAUAAAUAUAAAAAUAAUAAAACUAAUAAAGAUUUAGAGUUUGAAAGAAACCAAGCAACAUUUUCAGUUGAGGAGCUAAAUAGAAUAUUAAAUGAUAACGAUCAAAACUCAAUAAAUAUUAAAAAUGAAAUUAAAAAUUUAAUAGAAAGUGACCCCAUCAUUUCAAAACCACAAGAAAUUCAUUUUUUAUCAAGAGAGGAUCAAUUUAAAAGAGUAUUAUAUGUUUGUUCAAAAUUAAGGGGUAUCAGACAAAAGUAUGGUGAAGCAGGCGUUAUGCAGUAUCAUAACAAUUUAUUCGAAGAACUACCUUAUAUUAUAAAUGAUUUGGUUUUUGCAAGUGCAUUCAAGUCAUUAGCAAGUGAAGAGCAACUAAAUAAAUGGUACCAUCAUUUUUUAAACUAUGAAUAUUUAGGCAGUUAUUCACAAACUGAAUUAGGACAUGGCUCAAAUGUUCAAGCUAUCGAAACAACCGCAACAUAUAUUAAAGAAACACAAGAGUUCGAAAUAAACUCACCUACUUUGACCUCAACUAAAUGGUGGGUUGGUGGUUUGGGCAAAUUAUCCACCCACACCAUAGUAUUUGCUCAAUUACUUUUACAGGAUCCAGAGAACCCAAACAAAUUAAAAAACUAUGGUCCACAUCCAUUCCUUGUCAGUGUUCGUAGUCUUGAAAAUCAUCAACCAUUAAAGGGUAUUACCAUAGGUGAUAUUGGUCCAAAACUAGGUUUCAAUUUAAUUGAUAAUGGCUUUUUAAGAUUAGACCACAUUAGGGUUCCACGUGACCAACUUUUAAAUAGAUUCUUCAACGUUACUGCUGAUGGCAAAUAUAUUAAACCAAAGCAUAGUAGAUUAAUUUAUGCUGGUAUGGUUGGAGUUAGAUCUGCAAUUAUCGAAAACUCUUUUGUUUCUUUAGCUCGUUCAACUACUAUCGCAAGCAGAUACUCAGUAAUUAGAAAGCAAUUUAAACUCUCACCAAAAGAUAACGAAGAAAGAAAAGUUAUUGAAUAUGCCAACCAAAUGCAAAGAAUUAUUCCCCAUAUUGCCUCAACCUUUGGCUUCUACUUUACUGGAAAUAGAUUCGCCAAGGAAUUUGAUCAAAUGAUAUCUCAAAUCAAAGUAAACCAAGAUACAACUCUUUUAUCUGAACUUCAUGCAAAUUCAUCCGCCUUAAAGAGCUAUUUGACAUAUGCUGCUGCACAGGGAGUUAGUGAAUGUAGACUAUCAUGCGGUGGUCAUGGAUAUAGUCAUUUUAGUGGAAUUCCAUACCUACAAGCCAAUCAAUUGCAUAUAGUUACAGCAGAGGGUGAAAAUAAUUUACUUCCACAACAAACAACAAAAUAUCUCUUAUCAAUCAUUAAAAAAUUAUCAACUAGUGAAGAUGUAGAUCAAGUUAAAUUAGGUAAAUCAGUGGAAUAUCUUAGAGACGAAAUGAAAUCAACAUUAAAAAAUAUUGAAGAGUAUUACUCUGGAAAAGACACAAGUAUUUUGCAUCCAGAUACUUUAUUGCAACUUUUUAAACACCGUUCAUUCAAUCUUUUAAGAAUACUAUCAGAAAACCUUCAAGAUGCAAUGAUGAACUCUAAAGAUUUAGCCUCGGUAUGGGGGGACCUAAAUGUAGAAAUUAAUCAUAUUGGUCAAGCUCAUGCUCAAUUAUAUGUUUUACAAUCUUUCUAUGACCAACUUUUAAAAAUAAAAAAUUCAAAUCAAGUCUCUGAACCAAUUAAAUCCUUGAUGGACCAACUAUUCCAAUGCUAUUGCUUAUAUACUAUCAAUAAUGAAAUGGUAGAUUUUGUUCAAGAUGGCUAUUUAGAUUUAAAGGAAGUCGAUCAACUACGUAAAUCAUUAACCAAUGUUUAUAAACAACUACGUCCCAAUAUCAUCCCAAUUGUCGAUUCUUUUGAUUUAUGUGAUGCAACAUUAGGUAGUGCUCUUGGUAACUAUUCUGGAAAUGUGUAUGACACUCUCUUCAACUGGGCAUCAACUCAAGCAUUCAAUAGCAAUACAAACUAUACAAACGAAAUUAAUAAUAUAAUUAAUAAAUCAUUAUAUAGCAAACUAUAA